AUGCAGGCAGGGGCACCUGGCAGCGGCGCCGUGCUGCAGCUGCCCCAGCGCCAUGUGCCGCAUGCAGCUAUCGCGGGCAGCGCUGAGGCCAAUGGCGGGCCACAUGCAUCCACAAGCGGGCGGCGAUCCAACAGCAGCCCCAGGCUCGGCAGCGGCGCCGAUGGUGACGUCCACGUGCCUCACCAGCAGCAGUUGCUGCACCAACAACAACAGCCGCAGCAGCAGCAACACCACCACCCGCAGCAGCGGCCGAGCGGCGCCGGCCCCGGCGCGCCGCAGAGCGCCGGCGCCCUAGCAGCCCCCGCGCCCGCCGACGGCUUCGAGCCGCCCGCCCGCGUCAUCCGCCCGCACACCAGCCGCCCGCCGGUGUCGCGCGGCUGCCUGCACCACGCGGCGAAGGCGCUCGGCAUCCACCUCCAGGGGGACGUGGCUACGAAUGAGAUCAGCACGGCCAAGUACACACUGCUGACGUUCCUGCCAGUAAAUCUUUUUGAGCAGUUCAUGCGGGUCGCCAACCUGUAUUUCCUGCUGUGCGCCAUACUCCAGCUCAUCCCCGGGCUGUCGCCUACGAGCUGGUUCACGACGGUCGCGCCGCUGGUGUUUGUGCUGGCGGUCAACGCGGUCAAAGAGGGCUACGACGACGCCUGCCGCCACCGCAACGACACCCAGAUCAACAACAGACGGGUCAUCAUGCUGGACGGGGAGGCGGGGGAGGUCUUGGUGUACUGGAAGGACGUCGUGGCGGGAGACCUCAUAAAGGCGCGUGGGCUAUUUUUGGGGUGA